GGGGCGGACCCUACGGGGCGCACUCCUCCCACGCCGGUGUCAGGUUUACGGAACAGAGCUCCCAGGCCUGACGCGCCGUGUCCUGGAGGCCGCGAGGAUUCCAUUCGCCCUACCCGGCCCGGCUUGACCCUGUCCGGACGCGCCAUGUUCGCGCGUGGAUCCCGGAGGCGCCGCUCCGGGCGUUUGCCUCCAGAGGCAGAGGACCCAGACCGGGGCCAGCCCUGCAACUCCUGUAGAGAGCAGUGCCCCGGUUUCCUGCUGCAUGGCUGGAGAAAGAUCUGCCAGCACUGCAAAUGCCCACGGGAAGAGCACGCAGUGCAUGCAGUACCUGUGGACCUGGAACGCAUCAUGUGUCGACUAAUCUCAGACUUCCAGCGCCACUCCAUCUCGGAUGAUGACUCAGGCUGUGCAUCAGAGGAGUAUGCCUGGGUGCCCCCAGGCCUAAAACCUGAGCAGGUAUACCAGUUUUUCAGCUGCCUCCCAGAAGACAAGGUCCCCUAUGUCAACAGUCCUGGGGAGAAAUACAGGAUCAAGCAGUUGCUGCAUCAGCUGCCCCCACACGAUAGUGAGGCACAGUACUGCACAGCACUGGAAGAGGAGGAGAAGAAAGAACUGAGAGCCUUCAGUCAGCAGCGGAAGCGAGAGAAUCUGGGGCGUGGAACUGUUCGCAUCUUCCCAGUGACCAUCACUGGAGCCAUCUGUGAAGAGUGUGGGAAGCAGAUUGGAGGUGGGGACAUUGCGGUGUUUGCCAGCCGUGCAGGCCUGGGUGCCUGCUGGCACCCACAGUGCUUUGUGUGCACCACAUGCCGGGAGCUGCUUGUUGACCUCAUCUACUUCUAUCAUGCUGGCAAGGUCUACUGUGGGCGUCACCAUGCUGAACGCCUGCGCCCACGCUGCCAAGCCUGUGACGAGAUCAUUUUUUCCCCUGAGUGCACAGAAGCUGAGGGCCGGCACUGGCAUAUGGGUCACUUCUGCUGCUUCGAGUGUGAAGCUUCACUAGGAGGGCAGCGCUAUGUCAUGAGGCAAAGCCGCCCCCACUGCUGUGCCUGCUAUGAGGCCCGACAUGCGGAGUACUGUGAUGGCUGUGGGGAGCACAUCGGCCUGGACCAGGGCCAGAUGGCUUAUGAGGGCCAGCAUUGGCACGCUUCAGACCGCUGCUUCUGCUGCAGUCGCUGUGGCAGAGCCCUAUUGGGCCGCCCCUUCCUGCCCCGACGUGGCCUAAUCUUCUGCUCCCGAGCCUGUAGCCUUGGGUCUGAGCCCACCGCUCCAGGGCCCGGCCGCCGCAGCUGGAGCGGAGGUGGAGGCACAGUCGCUGCCCGGCUGGCAACUUCCACGUCCUCUUUCCCUGCUUCGGAGGUGAAUUCUGAGACCGCCACCAAAGGCACCUGCACGGAGGCGGCACCUGCUGCAGGCGCCGAGGAGCCCUCCCCCUUUACGAGAGGGGCCCCCCAUCGCCACUCCAUGCCCGAGCUGGGGCUCCGCAACGCUCCUGAGCAACCCCUGGAGUCUCCAGAGCAACCAGACCUGCGUCCUGACGAUAGUGCCUUUGGCCGCCAAAGCACCCCUCGUGUUAGUUUCCGUGAGCCUCUGGUCUCAGAGGGAGGUCCGCGGAGGACCCUGAGUGCACCUCCGGCCCAGCGCCGCAGGCCACGUAGUCCCCCACCUAGGGCCCCCAGCCGUCGCCGCCACCACCAUCACCACCACCACCGCCACACCGGCCGACGUGGCUACCAUCGCUGUGACUUGGGAUCAGGGUCUGACUCAGGAUCUUGCUCCAGCUCACCCUCCAGCCCCAGUUCUGAAUCCUCUGAGGAUGAUGGAUUCUUCCUAGGGGAACGUAUUCCACUGCCCCCUCACCUGCGCAGGCCCACAACCUCUCCCGACAGUGCAGCUGAGACUUUAGGCUCUGCGACCCCACAGCUCCAUGGGGAUUCUCGCACAGGGAUGCCUCGCCAGGCCCGAGACAAAAACUGCAUCGUGGCUUAAAGACCUAGGCAGCUCUGGAGGGGGGCUCUAUUCUCUGAUAAGCGUAGAUGAUGCCGCCCACCCUGAACUAAGUCAAAUACCCUUUCUUCCUCCCUCUUUCUUCUGUUUGUAUUAUUGAAAUAAUUUAAUGUUUGUCAUAAAACAG